AUGGCUGGACAUAAACAUAAAGAUGGAAUUGAUGAUAUAUCCUGGUUCGAUAAUCUUUUAUUGGAAGUGAAAAAAGUAGCCGAACCAAUAUUCAAAGAAAAUAAAGAUGAUUUUUUGAAGAACAUGCUUGAAACUUUGUCCAAGGAUUCAUCAGAGUGUGUUCUAAUGAAUCCAAAAGCUCCAUCAAAAUCAAUUGAGACAUCAUGUCAUCACCGUAAAAGAGGCAACAUUUUAUUUAAAAUGAAUAGAUUAGACCAAGCUCUUGAAGAAUACACAAAAAGUGUAGCAUAUGCACCAAGUGGUAGUGAAGAAUGUGCUCUUGCUUUUGCUAAUAGAAGUGCUGUGCUUUUCAAGUGUCAAUUAAUGAGUGACUGUAUAAGUGAUAUUAAAAAUGCUCUUUGUGCUAACUACCCAGAUAAUUUAAAAGCAAAGUUGUAUCACCGUAAAAUGUGUUGCCUCAAAGCAUUGAAUCCAAGAGAUCCAUUGAUAAAUAAAACCUUGGCCAAAGCACGAUCCUUGGUAUCUAAAAUGGACCAGGACAAACAAAAGGCCAUGAUGGAUGUCCUUGACCAUGAAACAAGGAAUUUAAGGUAUCCAAGGGAAAAGAUCAAUUGUCAUAAUUGGAACUUUGAAGAUACAGUGCCAGCAUUCGAUGCAAAUAAUCCAGUUGUACCUGGAUUUUGUGAUGCCAUUGAAAUGAAAUAUUCACCACAAUAUGGAAGGCACAUGGUUGCAACCAGAGACAUUAAACCUGGUGAAUUAUUAGGGUUACAAAAACCAUAUACACGUGUUGUUGCAGAUCACAUGAGAUACAAAUUGUGCUGGCAUUGUAGUAAACAAACAUGGUCAAGUAUACCAUGCAACACAUGUGGUGAAGUUGUAUUUUGUUCAGCUGUGUGUCGUGAUGAGGCACACAAAAAAUACCACUAUAUUGAAUGCUGGUUAAUGACAGCUUUGCUUGCCUAUGAUGGACAUACAGAUAUCAUGGAAAGAUUUAUUUUUCCAUUGAGACUGACAAUAAUGGCAUACAAAGAAGCUGGAAAUUCUAUGAAAGUUUUAAAAAAAAAUCUUGAAACUGUUGAUGCUGAAAAAGAUCCAAUGAAAAAAGGUUUGGUAAAUGGCAAAUUUGAUCCAAGUAAAUUUUCAAGUAUUUAUUGUAUGGAAUCAACACCACGUUCUGAUGAUUUUGAUAUAAUAUUAUUCACAAUUUUACACAGUUUAAUUGGUGGAUUUUUAUUUUGUAUUAAAACUGGUUUACAUAGUACAGAAGAAAAUGUACCAAUAAAGUUGAAUACUUUGAUGAAUGAUAAUUAUAAAUUUAUCAUUGAAUUUAUAUACAAAAAUAUGUGGUUAAUAACAUACAAUUCAUCUGUGGUGCAAUUACCAAAUGGAAGUCAUGAUAUUGCUAUUGAUGUUGGAUCCUUAAUGACACCUGGUGCAUUUUUCAAUCAUUCUUGUGCACCUAUGAUAACACAUGGUAAUUUUGGUGAAUAUUUUACAACAGUAUCAAUAUGUCCAAUUAAAAAAGGUGAACAAAUUUUUGAAAGUUAUGGUCCUAUUCUUCAAGAUGAAAGUAAAGUUGAACGACAAGAUCUUUUAAAGACAUAUAAUUUUACUUGUGAUUGUAAUGCCUGUAAAUAUAAUCUUGAACCAUUAUUUUUGGAUGAUAUACAAUCAAUGGUAACUCCAAAAGAGUUAAGUACAAUUAUGAAAAAAGUUGAACGUUGGAUGGUUAGAGUUGAUCAAGUAACUGAAGAAUUAACAUCAUAUGUUAAAUCAAAUAAUCGUAAAAUGGACUUAUCAAAAGACAUUAAACAAGUCAUUAAAUAUGUUGAACAAGCUUGGUCAAUGUUUCCACAAAAAAAUGCAUUUCCAGUUCUUGAAGCUGUUAACAAAUUGCAAAUUUUACUCACUAUGUUACAGACACCAAUUUUGUGUUUAGAUUAA